UAUUAUGAUAUAUAAAUAUAUUAAAGAAGAAAUAUAAUAAAGAUAAACAUUAAAUAUAAUUAACGUGACUCAGUAGUUUUAUAAUAAAAAUUUCACUGUAAAAAUGUCUAUGUUACGUGUCGUGUUAUUCAAGUGUCACAAUUUUUCCACAAUUUCAAGAUAUCCUUUACAUAAGUAUGUCCUACAAGAGAAGAGUCAAAAUAUAUGGAAAGCAGCAAAACAAGAGUUUACAAAAAUCAUUCAACGAAAUGUUAAAAAAAGUGUAAAUGACUCAAAACUUAUUUCAUAUAUUUUUAAAUUUGGCUUUAGUGGAUUUGGAAUAACAACUGCUUAUCUUCUAAAGUCUCGUAAUCAAAUAGUAAUGUGUAGAGAAGCUAACAUAAUAAGUGAUACAAAGCCUGAAAAUCCUGAGCUGACUUUUGAAUGGAAAAAAUUUUUUAAGUAUUUAUACCCGCAUAUUUGGUAUUUAGUGAUAGCACUAUCAAGUGCAAUAAUAGUUGCACUGCUGAAUAUUCGGAUUCCACAAUCUGUUGGUAGCAUUAUAAAUGUAUUGACAAAAAUUUGUCAGGACAAGACUGACUCUACAAAAAAUGUUAUUUUACAACUUGCUCAACCAGCUUUCAUCUUGGCACGCAUGUAUAUUGCACAGGCAUUCUUUACAUUUGUGUAUAUUUAUACACUUUCACACAUUGGUGAAAGAAUUGCAGUGAAUUUACGUCAGGAUCUAUUCAAGUCCAUUAUUAUGCAGGACGUGUCAUUUUUUGACAAAACACGUUCUGGUGAAAUAGUAAGUCGAUUGACCAGUGAUAUUCAAGACUUUAAAAGCUCAUUUAAAAUCGGCAUUUCUCAAGGCUUGAGAAGCUUCACGCAAAUUAUUGGUUGUAUCAUCUCUGUAAUAGCAAUAUCACCAGAAUUGGCCACUGUUGUGGUGUUCAAUUUACCAACAAUAAUUUUGGUUGGUACUCUGCUCGGUCGAAGUUUACGAAAGUUAUCGAUGGAGGCACAGAAUCAAGUUGCAAAAUCGACUGCUGUUUGCGAUGAGGCUAUACAAAAUAUUCGAACGGUAAGAGCAUUCGCUGCAGAAGAAGAAGAAGUGAAAAUGUUUUGCAAAGAGGUCGAGCGUUCCUCCGAGCUGUAUGAAAAAUUAGGCUUAGGCAUAGGCUUCUUUCAAGCAGGAACUAAUUUAUUGGUCAACGGUAUUUUACUUUCUACAUUGUAUUUUGGCGGUCAGUUACUCUCCACAGGAUUUUUGACUCCAGGAGAUCUCAUGGCAUUUUUAAUGGCCACACAAACUAUACAGAAAUCUCUGGGCCAAUUAUCAGUACUUUUCGGAACCUAUAUGAGAGGAAUCAGUGCGGGUGCUCGAGUUUUCCAAUAUUUAGACAUACCACCUUCCCCAAUGAUGACUGGAGGUGAUAUAAUCAUAGAUCAAUCCAUGGCAGGGGAUAUAGUCUUCAAAAACGUGAAAUUUAGCUAUCCUACCAGGUCUGAUCAUAUUAUCUUGAAGGACUUCAAUUUACAUAUUCCUGCUGGAAAAACAGUGGCUAUUGUCGGUACCAGCGGUAAUGGUAAAUCGACUGUAGCUGCAUUAUUAGAAAGAUUUUAUGACGUGGAUGAGGGUUCUAUUACUAUCGACGGUCGAGAUAUCAAAUCGCUCAACUCGAGCUACCUCAGAGGCAGUGUUUUAGGCUUUAUAAACCAAGAACCUACUCUAUUCGCCACCAGCAUUAUGGAAAACAUUAGAUACGGGAAGCAAGACGCGACAGAUGAAGAAGUUGUUGAGGCAGCUAAAGAAGCGAAUGCACAUGAUUUUAUAAUCAAGUUCCCGGAUGGAUAUGCGACCGAAGUCGGCGAAAGAGGCGCGCAGCUUUCAGGUGGACAAAAGCAACGAGUUGCUAUUGCCAGAGCUCUACUAAAACAGCCAUCCGUUUUAAUUCUCGAUGAAGCUACAAGUGCAUUGGAUUACGAGAGCGAGAGGGUCGUUCAAAAAGCUAUCGAAAAUGUCACAAAAGGUAGAACGGUAUUGGUGAUUGCUCAUAGAUUGAGUACCAUUAAAGGUGCUGAUAUAAUCGUCGUAUUACAACGCGGAGUAAUUGCGGAGAUUGGCUCACAUUCGGAACUAAUUGACCGAAAAGGCGUUUAUUAUACGCUCGUUAACGAACAAGAAAAAGAGAAUAUGUAAUUCAAAUGUUGUCUACGUCACUCAAAAUUUAGAAUAUGUAGACUGUUUUUGAUACAGCUGUGAUCAAUGUAGAUAUUAAUGGUUCUUAUUUUCCUGGGUUUUAUAGGAUAAUUCUCUCUCUUUCUCUCUUACAUAUUUUUCUAUAUCUAUACACAGAAAAUAAUUUUAUCAUUUUAAUUACAUAACUUAUUCAUGACUUUAAAAACUACCUCAGAGAUUGAAAAACAAACAUUAGAAAUAAUUAUAAUAAAUUAUUA